AUGGCUUCGUGUGAGUGUUGUUCAAAAAUCUCUACAGCAGAUGCUCUUGUCUUAGGGGCUAUCCAGAUUAUGAUUGGCAUCUUUAAUGUUCUCAUGUGGUAUCUCCUAUUGAUUUUGUAUAUGGGACAAAUUAAAGGAGUCUUUGGGACAUAUGAACCUAUAACUUACAGAACAGGAUGUUCUUUAUGGGGAAUUAUUUUUAUCAUUUCAGGAGUCUCCAUAAUAAAAGUAGCAAGGCAUCCAACUCAACGCCUGCUUAUAUGUGCCAUGAUCAUGAACAUCUUGUGCAUGAUUACUGUGAUUAUUGCAACGGUUCUAACAGUAUUAGAGUUGUCUUCUUUUGAUUCUGUGUCAUAUAGGAAUUUUGGACAAGCGAGACUCGGGAGAGAAAUUUCACGUGUUUUACUGGGCUUCUACCCCUUGGAACUUUGUAUCGCAUUCACAUACACGAUCUUUGGCUGUAUUGGUUUGAUUCCAGCAGAGCUUCGAGGCCUCCACCGCGCAGGUAUCUGCGCGGGGGUCCUCACGCACGGUCGCCCCAGAAGCUGCGCUCUUGGCCACAACUGCGGCGUUGGAACCCCGCGAGGGGCGAUGAGGGACACCACCGAGGCAGCAGGGCCCACCCAGCAAGUGCUGCUGCAAGGACUUCCGGAGCAGAAAGGCCCGGAACUAAGGGCGCCACCUGUGAGAUCACGCCCCUCUGGCCCUGUGAUAAAGAGGAUGUAG